AUGUUGCGCCAAGACUUGGCUCUGGUGUCCUCGCCCGAAGAGUGGGACACCGCAGGGCCCCUGCCCACGCCAGCGGCGUCCGGCGAGCUCGCGUGGCACGCCCGCGCCGGCGGUCUGGAGCAGCAGGCCCUCGCUGGAGAGGGCCUGCUCCAGGCGUGCAGCGCGCCGCUGGCGGCAACGCUGGCACAGGGCUGCCGCUCGUGUGAGGCAGGGGUCCGGGCCGCGGCGAGGGGAGCGCUCCACGGCCGCUGCGCGCUGGAGGGCCUGCCGCCGGAGGCGCGCACGCGGUCGAGGCUGAGCCGCGACGACGCGGGCGCCUUCGGCGCUGGGCCGCCGUCCAGCCAGGGCCUCGCCAAGGCGCUCGCCGGCGUGUCGCUGCUGGACUUGCACGAGGCCUCGAGGGCGGGAGCCCGCGGCGCCGGGCCCCGCCUCGCCGGCCCGCCGCUUUGGGACCUGCACGGGGGGUCGGCCCGCGGGGCCGAUCACCCGGGCGCGAGGGCGCGGGGCCUGCCCGGGUCGCCCGAGUUUGGCGACGACCGCGACGCCUCCCUCGCGCCGCUCGAGCUGUGGCCAGCGGCCCGGCGGCCUGAGCGGGCUUCCGCGAGGCCGCGGGCGCCGGGCGCCGCGGCGGGCGAGGAGGCUGGCGAGGCGCCCGCGCCCCGCGGGGGUGAGCGCGCGCCCUCGCCGGGGCAACCGGCCGUGGCCGCGGAGCUGCUGCACUGGCUCGAGCGGUUCAGGCUCCAGCAGCACCGCGACGCGGCCCUUGAGUGGUGUGUGCGGAUGGGCGCGUCCUCGACCGCCGAGCUCGCGGACCACGUCGAGGACCUCGCCGACGCGCUUGGGCUGAAGCCCCUCGAGCGCGAGCGGGCCAGACGGUGGGCUCAGCAGGAGCGCGCCGACGCCUCGUCGCUCGCCCGGCCGUCGGGAGGCCCCGACCUCAAGGUCUGGGACGGCGCCAACUCCCGGAUCGCCGAGGAGGGCAUCGGGGAGCUCGAGCACGAGGACGCCUCCUCGGACGCCGACGACACCGACCUGCUGCAGGCCUCGCUCGUGUCCAUGUCCCGGGCCGUGCGGGCGGUCGCGGGCCCGCCGCCCCUGCCAGACGCCCCGGAGCUGAGGCGGCAGGGAGCGCACGCAGAUCUCGAGGAGGUCGAGGGCCUGCGGCGGCAGAGUGACCCCCUCGGCCUCGGGGAGGAGGCGCGCCCGGUGCUCGCCGCGCCGCGGAGCGCCAGCGCGUGA